AUGCCCUUGAUCGACAGCGAGGCCUUUGGCUUCCCCGUCGCAAAGAGACAAAAAGUCUCACUGGGCCAACAGCUCGUGUCGGCCAAAGAGCCUCCUCACUCUCCUCCAAGCUCCAGGAUAUUCUCGCCCUUCAGAACUCUAGGCCUCGUCUCCCCCACAAAUGUCCCCUUCACCUCCAUUCCCUUAGGCAAAACAACCUUCCAAAUCACCACCUCCAUCGGCAGGUCACUGCAGACCUACGACCUUCGUCGUGGCCUGAGUUUGAUAUUCCUCACACGCCCACAGACACCAGCUGCUAUCACCGCGAUAUGCGCAUGGAAGGAUAAGAUACUCGGUGCUUGGGGUGGUUCGCUACCCAACGAGCCAUCGGGGGUAUGGCUAUUUAAGCGCGGGAAGAAAGUCGGAGAAUUGGCCUGUCCCACCAUCACUGGAAAUGGAAAGGGAAUCGAACCCGUUGAGCAGCUGCUGGUGUUCGGAUCGUGGAUCGUGGGCUGCUGUGCCAGUUCUAUACGUAUAUGGAAGUCCACGACCUUCGAGCACUACACAACCCUCACCCCUCCAGCUGCCAGAACCGCUUCCUCAGGCCCUCGCGUCCUCACCGGCCGCAUAUGCACUAUGCCCACAUAUCUCAACAAGAUCUUCGCCGGCCGCAGCGACGGCAGCGUCGAUAUCUGGAACCUCAGCACAGGAAAACUAAUCUACACCAUUCUCCCAACGAUCCCGAACGCAGGGGCCGUGACAGCCCUAGAGCCCACGAUGGCCCUCUCCCUCCUCGCAAUCGCCUACUCCGGCGGAGCCCUAGUCAUGCACAAUGUCCGCACGGACCAGCCAAUCUUACACCUCCGCUCCAAAUUGACAGGGAGUUCCGUUACGGACAUCUCACCGAUAACCAGCAUAAGCUUCCGCACCGACGACCUGGGCGCCGGCAACGACGGACGAAAAGCAGGCGUCAUGGCCACCGCAACCGCGGACAGCGGCGAUAUUACCAUGUGGGACUUGAACGAUGGCGGACGUAUCACCGGCGUUCUACGCGAUGCACACGAAUCCCCCUCAUCCUCAGCUGGAUCCGGCGACAGAGGCCAACCCCCUCAGGCCGGCAUUAGCAAGAUUCAAUUCCUCCCCGCCCAGCCUGUCCUCCUCUCCACAGGAACCGACAACUCCCUCCGCUCCUGGAUCUUCGACCAGACCCCCUUCUCCCCGAUUCCGCGCCCCUUACAUUCUCGCGCUGGCCACGCAGCUCCAAUAACAACCCUAACCUUCCUCCCUGCCGCCUCUGACGACUCCGACACUGUGGGCAAAUGGCUUCUCAGCUCCAGCCGGGAUCGGAGUCUGUGGGCACUGAGUCUACGGAAGGAUUCGCAGAAUGUCGAGUUGUCGCAGGGGAAUGUUGGGGUGCGGAAGAAGAGGAGGGCGACGGCGUCUGCGGGCGCGGCUGCGGGUGUGGUUAGUAGGGAGGAGUUUAAGACGCCGGAGAUUACCUGUUUGGCAUGUUCGUUGAAUAGGGAUGGGGGAAUGGGGACGGGGGGUGCGGCGGGGGCUGGCAGUGGGCCGAUAUGGGCAAAUCCCAAAGGGGGCAGUACCGAGGGGACGGGGUUGACGGGGUGGGAGAGUGUGGUUACGGGGCAUCGGGGGGAUGGGGUUGCGAGGACGUGGUUUUGGGGCAGGAAGAAGGCCGGGAGGUGGACGUUUGCGACAGGGGAUGGGGGGGAGGUUAAGAGCGUCGCAGUUUCUCCAUGCGGCACUUUUGCGCUGGUUGGUUCCGCUGGUGGAUCGAUUGACAUGUACAAUCUACAGUCUGGGAUGCACAGACAGUCGUUCCCGGCGCGGGUAACGCCAGCACAAGCUAGGAAGCUCAAGAUGCUCCAAUUGGAUGGAAUGGAGGAGUUGGGGACUGGCAAGAGCCAAAAUAGGGGUUUUCAAAUGGGCGAGGGCAAACAUACCAGCGCUGUUACGGGGUUAAUGGUUGAUGCGCUGAAUACGACUGUGAUUAGCUGUGGGCUCGAUGGCAGAGUAAAGUUCUGGAACUUCACCACCGGCCACCUCCAACACGAACUGAACUGGCAUCCAAUGUGCUCCAUCACCGGCCUCCGCCACAACAUAUCCUCCGACCUCGUCGCCCUAAGCUGCGACGACCUCUCUAUCCGCAUCAUAGACAUCGAAACCCGCAAACUCGUCCGCGAACUAUGGGGUUGCACAGGGCAAAUAAACGACUUCUGCCUCUCCAACGAUGGCCGCUGGGUCAUCGCCGCAUCCAUGGACUCGGUCAUUCGCGUCUGGGAUCUGCCGACGGGACACCUUAUUGACGCCUUCCGCAUGGAGAAAACAUGUACGGCUCUCGCGUUAUCUGUGACGGGAGAAUUUUUGGCGACGGCGCAUGCGGAUGGGGUCGGGGUUAAUGUGUGGAAUAAUAGAAGUUUGUUUGUGGGGGUGCCUACGAAGCACAUUGGGGAGGAGGAGGAGAGGCUUGUGGAGGUUAUGGAGCCGACGGCGAGUGGGGAAGGGGGGGAGGCGAUUUUGGAAGCGGCGUUUGAAGAGGUGGAUGGGAAUGGGGGGGGUGGAGAGGGGAUACAAGUGUUGGGGAUGGAGCAGUUGAGUCGUGAUAUGGUAACGCUUAGUGUUGUGCCGAAGAGCAGGUGGCAGACGCUUUUGCAUCUUGAUGUGAUUAAGCAAAUGAAAACGCAGACUCCACCUCAUCACUCCUCCCCCGCAACACAAGAAGACAGCCAUAAGCCCAAAAAACCCACCGCCGCCGAACGCUCCCGCAUUGCCAAACUCCAACUCCAACACACCACCGACACCAACGGAGCCAGCACUUCUACAAUCUCCCAAUUCACCACCCUCCUCCACACAUGCAGUGAAACAGCCAACUACGACUCAUUCAUCGAGUACCUCAAAUCCCUCUCACCGGCCAAAGCCGAUUUGGAAAUCCGCUCGCUGGACCCUGGUCUUCUGAGCGGGAAGGGAUGUAAUGAGUUGAUUGAGUUUGUGUCAGCGUUGACAGCGCGGCUGAGGACGAGGAGGGAUUUUGAGCUUGUGAAUGCGUGGAUGGCGGUGUUUUUGAGGGUGCAUGGGGAUGUAAUUGGGGAGAGCAGGGAUGGGGAUGGUGCGGACGGUGCUGGUGAUAGCGAGGCGGAGGCAACUCGGGCAGCAUUGCGGGAGGCGUUAAGGGAGUGGAAGAUUGAACAGGAGCGGGAGGGGAAGCGGCUGGCGGAGUUGGUAGGGUAUUGUAGGGGUAUUGUUGGGUUUUUGAGGUCUGGGCGGUAG